AUGCAUCGAGCGACCAUCAUGACUUCCACCACCGCAAAAACGACGCCCUCCCAAGCCCAACCCUCCCUCCGCAGAAGAAUGCACAGACACAUGCUCGACCGCGCGCCCUCCCUAUCCAGCUUGAACUCGCUCGCUUCAGCUGAGCUCAAGAUCUUGCCCGAGAUCACUCACCGAGGGAAAGACGGGGGGGAGGAACAGGAGGGCGAAGAUGGGAGCCCUGAAACGGAUUAUGAGAGUCGGACGUCGAGUGAUGAGGAGGAUGAGGAUGAGGAUGAGACGCCUCCUCAAGAUACUGUCUUUCCAGAGAAGGGGAAGGAGAAGUUGAGCCCGAGCCCAGGUCGACGCCAACGCCCCAAGAUCGACACCUUGGGACUCGGCGCGCUUCCAAGCCCCCCGCGAAUGAGGCAUUCCAGCUCAAGCUCAAGCUCGACGAUGUCGCCUGGCUCACGCGCGUGGUAUGAAUUCGACCUUGCUGUUGUCGUCGCCCUCGUUUCGCCCAUCGGGAAUUGGCUCACGGGGGGAGAUCAUAUCAAGAACCUUCUCCUUAUCGUUUUGCUCAUUUUCUAUUUACACCAGAUUAUCGAAAUCCCAUGGGACCUCUAUCAAAAAUCCCGCCCCCGCCGUCGAUCCCCCUCCCUUCCUCCCCUCCCAGAAUCCACGGAACCGCCCUCCUACAGAACGUACGCAGCAUCCGAACUGCGCUCAUUCGAACUCUCUCUCCUCUUCCUAACCUUCCUCUCCCCCUUCCUCGGCGCUCUCUUAUUACGCUACGCAACAGCCGCCGUCCUCGGCCCUCAAUCCGUCUCAUGGUUCAGCACAGGUCUGUUCGUAUUGGCAACGGGCAUGAGACCAUGGUCACACCUCGUCGAAAGGAUACGCACGCGUACGGCCGAGUUGCACGAUUUGGUGCAUUACCCUACACCGCACUCUUCCUCUGCCGCACACAGCGAUUUAGAGAGACGGGUUCUUGAGCUAGAGAGGAAAUUGGGAAAGAUGGGGAGGAGGGUUGGUGGGGUUGUCGAUGAGGUAUAUGAGUAUGUGGACGAAGCUGUUGAUGGGGUACAGCAUUCGCUGAAGAAGCAGGAGGGGAGGUGGGAGAAGUGGGAUGGGAGGGUUAGGGAGGUUGAGGAGAAGUUGAACAAGGCCCCGGAGCGAGGGCAUGGCAAGCUCAGUUUGGGUUUGGAUGGGGCGUAUGCGCAUUCGUUGCUUGCUUAUGUGCUCCCGCAGUGGCUUUUGGAUUUUGAUGCGCCGUAUUAUACGAGGGGGCUGUACUAUGGGCCUUCUUUGUACUCCCCCACCACCACAUCCACGAUCGCGUCGAGGCACCACCAUCAUCAUCAGCAGCAUUAUCAGCACCCCUCAUUCCCUUCGUCUCCGUCGACUCCAUUGGAGACUAUCGUUGAGGAAGACGAUUCGACGACUCUGAAUGGGAAUGCGAAUGGGAAGUGUCAAGAGAAAGAGAAAUAUCGGUAUCCGUUAUUGGCGCGCCCGAUGUGGAUUACGUCGAGCAUUAUUAUGCGGGUGGGCUAUCUUUUGAUGGCGCCGUUGAGGGCGGUUGUUAGGAUGGUUUUGAGGAGGUAUUGA